AUGUGUGCACUUUAUUGUUUCUUUGCCUGACAGUCCGAUUUACCGAAAAGAAGCUGGUAUAUUUGUGAUGUGUUCUUUCCUUUUAAGGUAGAAUUUAGGACAAGACAAAUUGUUUUCUUCGUGUAAUUCGUAUAGUUCUAUAUUAGAAAAUGGAGGAUGUUCUGGAUGAGGUUGUUUCAUCUGAAGAUUUAAAGAAAUUCGAACGCGUAUACCAAGAUCAAUUAAACAUGUCGUACGUGACGCAAAAAGCACAAUUUGAAUAUGCAUGGUGUCUCGUUAGAAGUAAAUAUCCUGCCGAUAUUCGAAAGGGAAUAAUUCUAUUGGAAGAUCUAUAUAGCAAUGACAGCGAAAGCGAGAAACGAGAUUGCCUUUAUUAUUUAGCCAUUGGAAAUGCUAGAAUAAAGGAAUACUCGAAAGCUUUAACAUAUGUUAGAGCAUUCCUCAGAGUCGAACCUGGAAACCAGCAAGUACAACAUCUGGAGACAUUGAUCAAGAAAAAAAUGGAAAAAGAGGGCCUAUGUGGCAUGGCCAUCGCAGGAGGGGUUAUUAUCGGCUUUGCAAGUAUCGUUGGCCUCGGGAUUGCGAUGUCCAAAAAACAUUAAUCGAAGAAGCAGAAACUUGUAACUAUUGCUUGAUGUAAAUUAGUUGCUUUAUAUGAAAUAUUAUACACACUUUGUUAACCAAGAUAUACGUCAGAUUUCAUAAAGAAAAAAGAAAAGGAAAAAUAGUAAUUUCGUGAAAAAAUUUAAUAAACCGCGAUAUAAUUCGUAACAUAGAACGAGAGAUUUUUUUAUACAAACAAUAACUAACCCAGAAGUAAUAAACUAUCGCUUGUGUCGAUACCGUGUAUUUAUUUUUUAUUUAAGGUAAACACGUUUUUAGUAAUAUCUAUUUCUUUGGUUCAUGGAGAAACAUUCCGAACGCGUCACGUUUAGUUGUUUGAUCAUUUCAAUGUAUAGUGUUAGAUGGAUUUAUUUUAAAUCUACACAGCAGGGGAAUACGCGAUGCACAGUAGAGAAUCUACACCGAAAACCCGGACGAAACUAUUCCAAAAUUCGUUCAAUAUUCAGAAAUAAAUGUCUCAAAUAUGAAUGUGUAUAUCUGGUAAAUGUUUUCUCGUAUCAAUCGUAUGAAUUAUAGAAACAAUCACACAAAUUAUAACACAUGAUAUGUAAGGAAAUGUUACUUGUUUAUUUGUGUUAUAUUGUUAGUCUUUAUUCUUAGUCCUUGUGUUUGUCCCCGUUCUCAUCUUCGUCUUUGUCUUUAUUUGUAAAAAAAUUGUAACGCGAGGAGACUUUAGUGAAUCCAUAGCUUCCUUUAGAAAAUGGAGUAUGCUUUUCUUUUUACUGUCCUUAUGGUCAAUACAAGGGGGGCAUUUAAUUAUAGCAUUCAAUAUAAUUUUUAUAACAAAUUCCUGUUAUUACAGCUGAUAGUUUAUGAUUUAACAAACAAUCUAGUGCCAUUUCUAUUUCCAAUAGCAGGUUUUGGCAUAUCGACAAUAAUAAUAUUUGUUUCGAAUUCUUUUGCUCUAUUAUACAAAUUUUCCUAACAAAAGUAAACAUUAGUACAGUGUGCCUGAUAUAUGUAACUACCUUGAAUAAAAAAAAUUUUAUUUAUAUGCAAAAUCGUUGAAAUUCUGUCCGAAUGUUCGGUGCAGGUACCUCGCUGUGCGAUUAUUAGCUUCUACCAAAGUUUUCAGUACUUCUAGACAUAGCUUUUAUACAUAAAGAUGAAACCAUUGUACGAACCUAUUUAAAUGUAAUGUUACAUAAAUC